GGAUGGUGUCACACCCAAAAUAGUUGUUGAUGUGUUACCGUAGACAGUUGAUUUAAAAAUAACUGCCGUGGAUGUACGUGUCGGCAACUUAAAAGAAGUAAUAGGGGAAGUUUGGUGAGACGGUGCGUGUGGGUGCGUGUGUGUGGGAGGGCUGAGGGUAAGAGUGUAUGAAAAACAUUAGCAAAAACAAAACAGAUCAAAAGAGAAAAAGAGAAGAAAGGAAAAGAAAAGAAAAGAGAAGAAGAAGAAAAAAGAAAAACAAAGAAAAAGAAAAAGAAAAAGAAAAAAGACUGUUAAGAGAGGUUGUUACGGUGAAGGAGAGGAGCGGCGUGUGUUCAAGUGUCGUGCAUGCAUUUUAUGCAUCUGUUGCUUUGCAUGCACUCUCUUCUCUCUCCAUUGCACUGCUAACUGCUAAAAAGCCUUCUCCCCUGAUCUCCUUCCAUGGCCUCAUUUCUCUCUCCCCAUUCCUCCCCCUCUCUCACUCUCUUCUCUAAACCUCUUUUAUUUUAGGGUUUUCUUUUGCUUGAUCUCCACUUCUAUGGCCUCCAACCGCUGCAUGAACACGUCUUGCCCAGCCCCCACCUCCCUACACUGGACCAAAGGAUGGCCUCUGGGAUCCGCCGGAUUCGCAAAUCUCUGCCUUAACUGCGGAUCCGCUUAUGAAAAUUUAGUCUUCUGUGAUACAUAUCACUCAGAGGAAGCUGGUUGGAGGGAUUGCAGUUUUUGUGGCAAGAGAAUUCACUGUGGGUGUAUAGUUUCUAAAUCUAUGUUUGAAUGUCUGGAUUAUGGAGGUAUUGGGUGCACAGGUUGUGUGAAAAGAUCUCGACUUGGUGUGAUCCGGAGAGAUGAAAUCUCUAAUGGCUUUGAUGCAGUGACAGGUGGAAAUGUUGGCCUUUUGCGACCUGCUUCUGUUAAGGAUCAAGUGGUUGGAAAUGGAAUUAACGAGGAAAAGCUUUUACAGUUGUGUAACAUCAUGGAGGCAAAUGAACCCGACCACUUUCAGCAAUCUCAAAGAGUUGACAGAAGUGCAUCUCCUACACAAAACAGAGGAGAAAAUCUCAGGAAUCCAUUUGGGGAAGUUGGAUCGAGCUUUUUUAAUAUGAAUAAAAUACCUGUUAAUUGCCAACCAUCUGUUGGGUCAUUUACGUACUCCAAACUAGAUACUAGCAGACCACACUUAGAACUAAAAGAUAUGAAAGAAUCCUUAACUCAGCCAUCACUAAGUAUAACUUUGGGAGUUCCAUUAGGUACACCGAAUUUUGUGGUACCCUGUCCAGGAAGUGCUGCUCACGAGGAUGAAAAGAGCAUUCUGCCAUUUCAACAAGGCCAAAGAUCUCGUCCAAUAUUUCCCAAGCUCAUAAAAACUGGGACCACGGUUAAUUCUGAAGCAAGAAAGGGAAUGGCUCCUCUGGUGCGUAUUGCUCGGCCACCUGCUGAAGGUCGAGGUAAGAAUCAACUUCUUCCAAGAUACUGGCCAAGGAUUACGGACCAAGAGCUAGAACAAUUAUCUGGAGAUUUGAACUCUACUAUUGUUCCACUCUUUGAAAAGGUGCUGAGUGCUAGUGAUGCUGGUCGGAUUGGUCGUUUGGUUCUGCCAAAAGCAUGUGCUGAAGCAUAUUUCCCCCCUAUCUCUCAAUCAGAAGGUCUUCCUGUUAAGGUUCAAGAUGUGAAGGGGAAUGAAUGGACGUUUCAGUUCAGAUUUUGGCCUAACAACAACAGCAGAAUGUAUGUUCUGGAGGGCGUUACCCCUUGCAUACAAUCCAUGCAAUUAAGAGCUGGUGAUACUGUCACUUUCAGUCGGAUAGAUCCUGGAGGCCAAUUAGUCAUGGGAUUUCGAAAAGCAACUAAUUCUACUGAUGUACAGGAUGCCAAGAUUCCUACACUUUCUAAUGGCUCUCAUUCGGGUGACGCCUCAUUCUCUAGGGUCUUUCAGAAUUUGCCUUCAAGAGCUGGAGGAGAUACUAGUUUGCACAAAAGUGAAAAUUUUGGGGGGAUGUCAAAUCAUGUUUCAGGACAACAACCAAUAUUAACCAUGGAAAAGAAAGGGGCUCGAAACAUUGGGUCUAAAAGUAAAAGGUUGCUCAUGCAUAGUGAAGAUGCUCUGGAGUUGAGACUCACUUGGGAAGAAGCUCAAGAUCUACUCCGUCCACCACCAAGUGCAAACCCCACCAUUGUCACUAUUGAUGACCAUGAAUUUGAAGAGUAUGAUGAACCUCCAGUUUUUGGCAAGAGGACUAUCUUCACUGCCCGACCAACUGGGGAACAGAAACAAUGGGCUCAGUGUGAUGAUUGCUCAAAAUGGCGGAGGUUGCCUGUGGACGUUCUUCUCCCUCCAAAGUGGAGUUGUUCAGAUAAUGUUUGGGAUUUGAGCAGAUGUACAUGUUCUGCACCAGAAGAGAUCAGCACAAAGGAACAGGAGAAUCUCCUAAGAGCGAGUAAAGAUUUUAAGAAACGGAAAAUUGUGAAGAGCCAGAAGUCUAUACAGGAACUCGAGCCUUCUGGUUUGGAUGCACUGGCUAGUGCUGCUGUUCUGGGUGAUAGUAUAGCUGACUUGCAGGAAUCAGGUACGACGACCAGGCAUCCCCGGCACCGACCAGGAUGCACUUGCAUCGUGUGCAUUCAGCCUCCAAGUGGGAAGGGGAAGCAUAAAUCUACAUGCACAUGCAAUGUCUGCUUGACUGUAAAACGCCGUUUUAAAACACUUAUGCUACGGAAGAAGAAACGCCAAUCAGAACGUGAAGUGGAACCUUUGCUCAAGGAUAGAAAUCCACAACUCGAUGAAACAGGAAUGAGUGGAACACUGAGGGGUACGUCUCUGCAAACAAACUAUUCAGAGAACGAAGGAAGCCAGAGCAGGAUAAAAGAUGAGGAGGCUGCGAAUAGCAGUGGUCAAAUUGACUUGAACUGCCACCCAGACCGUGAGGAUAUGGAACUAGAGGGAGCAGGAUUAAGCACGAUGAGUCUUGUUGAGGCUGCUAGCCAACCUGUAGAUAGCUAUUCAAAGCAAAUUGGCGUCUCCAGCGUCACGAGUGAGCAGCAGUCCAGUCAACCAAGUAGCGUGGAAAGUGAGAGACGCUUGUCUGGGGAAGUGUAUCAUGGAUCAGGUCACGAGAGCACAAGUGAUGGAUGCAAAGAGCACCAUUGAGAUUUUUUGCUUUGUUUUGUUUUUUUGUUUUUGUUGAUUUGUCAGUUUCUUUUUUACUCACCUGGUAUAUAAAUAAUAUAGACUGAAACACACGUUCGUAGUUCAUUCAGCCUCACUUCUCGCUCUUCGUUUUUCCUAAGAGUUCAUCAAUAUAUGACACAGCUUGUGAAGUCUACCAGUGAUAUAAAGGACUUGUUUUUGGAUACUUUCAAUUGCAAAAGUUGUUUGCAAGAGAGACAUGAUCCAUGAUCUAUUGUAAGCUAAAGCUCCUGAGCGAAUGACGUAACGUAUCAUUAAAAUUGCAGUUUCUCUUAUUGGAAUUGGAAAGAAAGCAUGGGCUUCACCCUCCUAGGGCCAGAUUAGUUGACCAACUUUGAAAGAGAUGCAGGUUGAUUUUCAAACAUCAGGUAAACGACAGAGACGAGUGGAUUUUGAGAUUUUUUUAGAAGUCCGGCCGAGGAUCUCUUUCUGUCUUGGCCGAGUGUUCUGAGAAGAUUCCUAGGCUCAAGCAUUGUUUAUUUCAUUUCAUUUCAUUUAUUAUUAUUGUUAUUAUUAUUAUUAUUAUUACUACUUUGAAGAAGCUCAAGUAUUGUUUAUUGACCUUAUCCAUCGUUAGCUUUCAUUGUGAGUUAUAACCAAAUAAAGUAUCAUUAGUUUCUUUAUUCAUUAUUAUCUAUCGAUAAGAUCGAGAUUAUAAAUAUAUUUUAUGUCGUUGGAGUAGAAGAAAAAGGCAAAUACCGGCCAGUUUUUUUGUCUUUAAUCCAAAGAGCCAAUCGUUAUGAUUUAUAAAACAGCCCUUUGAAGUAUUGGAAUCUAACAUGCCAUGGAUGAUGGUGGGUUUAGAAAGGCAAGACUGGAGCUUGAAGCACUUUACGAGGGGGUGCCAGACGAUUCGGUUAAUCUAACGUUUCGACAUCUCACCGAUGUGAAUCUUCAACCCAACUCCUCUUUCGAAAAGAGAAGAGCCAACCCAUCAAUUCCAAUCCCAAUCCCGAUCCCGAUCCCAGGAGAUAAGGAGACUACACCAUUAAACAAACUCCCCAGCCUAGACUUCAACAGAGCUCUGCAAGCGGCCAACCAACACUCCCGCCCCGAUGCUAAAAUCAGCCUUCAUCCGAGUGCGCAGGUGGAUGGAACUGGUGGCCCGCUGCAUGCCACUGCCGGCGACAUUCAAAGCCAUCCGAAGUCGCAGCAUGAGCAUGUGGGUGGGUUGAGGCCAGCUUUGGAGUACAGUGCGGCCUACGAGGAGGCAAGCCGUAUCGGCGGUAUUGGUUCCAUGUAUGAUCAUCAUAGAGCUACCGCGGGUAGCCGCCGCCCUGGGAUUCCUCACUCCAAUAUCUGCACCAACUGCACCACCUACAUCUAUAUCUUCCGACAUCGUUGCCUGGUCUGUGGAAGAGUUUACUGUCGGCAAUGCGUAAGAAUAGGGAUGGGGGAGAUGACUGAGGGAAGAAAGUGUAUCCAGUGUCUGGGAAGAAAAUUCAGCCACAGAUACAUAGGGAAAGCAGGAGAUGUGGGUUGCUUCAGCUGGCGGUACUCAAGUGCGGUGAAGCAGGCAGAGCUCAAGUGGGCGGAGAAAGGGCCUCGACGGAAAGGGGAGAGAGCCCUGCACAGGAGAGGGUACGGCGGUGGCGUAACCAAUUCCAUAAGCAUGACCUCGCCAAGUCAGAGCCCAUGGGCACCCACCACCACCAGCGUCGAUGUUUCCACCAUUUACAGCUCUCGUUUCGCCGUCAUGUCCACCUCGUCCCCUCACUCUCCGGUUCACCGCCACCAUUUACCCUUUUAGCCUUUUCCAUUUUCUCUCUCAUAUGCCCGUUUAGUCUAAUUUCAUAAUUUCUUAUUAUAUUCUCUUUGUUUUAAUCUCAAAUACGUUCUUUGUAUUAUCAACCACGUAAAAUGUUUUAAGAUAUUCUGGGAAUUAUUGA